AGUUCACACCAUUUUUGAGUUUUCAACAACCAAACCACAAACUUCAACUUCAUUAAUGUCAUGAGUCUCUACUUCAAAGGAUAGUUUUUUUUUGACGUACAAAACUUUGGAUCGAGCCGUAGAAUCAGCCGAUGUGAUUGUAUCAGAGUAGAUUGCUUACAUUAUACCCUUUUAGGAUACAGUCUUUCACCGAACCUUGCAUGAACACGAGAUACUUGGUGUACGGGUACAUAAAUAUGAUAAAGAUUGCUCUUUUCUAAUUUCUUCUUCUAUAUACAGUACUAUAUUCAAGAGGUAAUAGCUGCCAAAAUGUUGCUGAGGAGUAAAAACGACCAAUUUGUAGCAAUGAUGGUAUUAUUUCUGGUUGGGUUUCAUGGAAUUUGUUUGGCUGAAGAGAACAUAAACAGAAGAAGCUUUCCAGAAGGUUUUGUUUUUGGAACUGCUUCUGCUGCUUAUCAGUACGAAGGCGCCGUGAAAGAAGAUGGAAGAGGUCCAACUAUAUGGGACAAAUUUGCACAUACUUUUGGUAAAAUACUCGACUUUAGCAAUGCAGAUGUCGCGUUGGAUCAUUAUCACCGUUUCCAAGAAGAUAUACAACUGAUGAAGGACAUGGGAAUGGAUGCUUUUAGGCUUUCCAUUGCUUGGUCUAGGAUAUUUCCCAACGGUUCUGGGAAGAUCAAUCAGGCUGGAGUAGAUCAUUAUAACAAAGUCAUUGAUUCGUUAUUGGCCAACGGGAUUGGACCAUAUGUGACCCUCUACCACUGGGACCUUCCUCUAGCUCUGGAAGAUAAAUACAAGGGAUGGCUCAGUCCAGACAUCAUACAAGACUUCGCGAUAUAUGCAGAGACGUGUUUUCUAGCAUUUGGUGACCGAGUAAAGCAUUGGAUCACACUCAACGAACCCCAUAAUUUUGUGCAACAAGGGUAUGAUCUAGGCAGCCAACCACCGGCGCGUUGCUCUAUCCUCCUUCAUGCCUUUUGUAGUGAAGGGAAUUCUGGUACUGAGCCUUACAUUGCUGCACACAAUGCUCUCUUGGCUCAUGCUACUGCAGUGAACAUUUAUAGGCAAAAGUAUAAGCAAAAUCAACAAGGGUCAAUUGGGAUAUCGUUAGAUUCGUAUUGGUAUGAAUCAGCAACUAACCACAAAGAAGAUAUCGAAGCAACAAAACGAGCAAUGGAUUUUCAGCUAGGCUGGUUUAUUGAGCCAUUAGUCUUUGGUAAUUAUCCAAGCACAAUGAUCAGCAGAGUUGGAAGCCGGUUGCCAAAAUUCUCUCAAGAGGAGUCAUCUCUACUCAAGGGUUCGUUCGAUUUUAUAGGCAUAAAUCACUAUACUACAUGGUAUGCAAGAAGCAACAUUACUAACUUGAUUGGAUUUUUGUUCAAUGACACAACUUCAGAUUCUGGUGCUACUGUUCUUCCAUUGCGCUUGGGGAAGCCAAUACCAGACCGGGCAAAUUCAGUAUGGUUAUUCAUAGUACCUCAUGGUAUCAGAAGCUUAAUGAAUUACAUUCGUGUAAAGUACGGGAACCCCACGAUUAUAAUCACAGAAAAUGGAAUGGAUGACCCAAAUAGUCUAUUCAUCUCUAGAAAAGAUGCACUAAAGGAUGAGAAAAGAAUCAAGUAUCACAAAGACUAUCUCACAAACUUGUUAGCUUCAAUCAGAGAAGAUGGUUGCAAUGUGAAGGGAUACUUUGUGUGGUCUCUAUUGGAUAACUGGGAAUGGCAAGAAGGAUUCUCCUCUAGGUUUGGUCUUUAUUAUGUUGAUUACAAUGACAAUCUCAAGAGAUAUCCCAAGAAUUCUGUAAAGUGGUUCAACAAUUUCUUGUCUUCUGCUUAAGCAAUUAUCUUGAGCAUACUCACUUUACACGGAUAGACAACACAAAGUUGUCAAUAGUAUAUCAUGUGAACAUACCUAUAUUGUGAUGAACAAUAGACAUCCAAUUCAAAUGUUGAAAUUCUUAAAUAUGUAGUCAAGUUAAUCUUGAAUUUUUUUUGGACAUCUGAAC